GGCUGCUGCAAUCCCCACCUUGGCGUGCCGCGGGCGGGCACGGCUCGGCUCGGCUCGGCUCGGCUCGGCACGGCACGGCUCGGCUCGGCUCGGCUAAGGAUGGCUGCAGGCGGGGCUGUGGCAGGACACUGAGUGCGGGAGCUGCCGGAGGGAACGGGGCUGUGCGGCGCCGCCUGAUGCAAUGAUAGGACUUAUUGCUUCUCCCGCGGCACCGCACGGCUGCGAGAUCACCCGUAUCGAUCGCGAUUAAGUUUGCGGGGAUCCGGACAUGGGAGGAUUGAGCGUGUGCGUGUAACAGCGCCCGCUGCUCGGCACUGCUUCUGAGCGCAUCUCUCGCUCGCGCGCAUCCCGACAACCUCGGGCUUCGACCGCGGGACACACCGAUCUUCGGCGGCGGUGUCAUUUCUCCGGGCAGAGCACCCGUGCCGACCAUGCACCGCUUCGUGUCGGCGGCGGGGCGCGCCGCGGGCCGGGUGCCGGCGAGCUGCCGGGGCGCCGGGGAAGAGGCGCUGCGCGGCGCGGCGGGGCGGCCCCCGCGGGGUGCCCGGCUGCCGCCGGAGGGAACGGCGAGAUGGAGCAGCGCUGCCAAGGCCUCCGCCGUGAAGAUCAACGAGAAGGCGAGCAGGGAGAAGAUCCUGACUCUGGAAUCCAUGAACCCGCAAGUGAAGGCGGUAGAAUACGCCGUGCGGGGCCCCAUCGUCCACAAAGCCGGCGAGAUCGAGAAGGAGCUGCGGAAGGGAAUCAAAAAACCUUUUACUGAAGUAAUUAAAGCCAACAUUGGAGAUGCGCACGCAAUGGGACAGAGGCCAAUCACCUUCCUUCGUCAGGUAGUGGCACUGUGCACAUACCCAAACCUGUUGGACAGCCCAAGUUUUCCAGAAGAUGCAAAAAAGCGAGCGAGACGGAUCUUGCAGGGUUGUGGAGGUAACAGCUUAGGAGCUUACACUGCCAGCCAAGGUAUAAACUGCAUCCGCGAAGAUGUCGCUUCAUAUAUUGAAAGAAGAGAUGGAGGAGUUCCUGCAGAUCCAGAUAACAUAUAUCUUACCACUGGGGCAAGCGAUGGUAUUACUUCAAUUUUAAAGAUCCUGGUCUCAGGAGGUGGAAAAUCCCGAACAGGAGUGAUGAUCCCUAUACCACAAUAUCCCUUGUAUUCAGCAGUCAUAUCUGAACUAGAUGCCAUCCAGGUGAACUACUACUUGGAUGAAGAAAACUGCUGGUCUCUAGAUGUAAAUGAACUUCGGCGCUCCUUGAAUGAAGCCAAGGCAUACUGCAAUCCAAAAGUGCUCUGCAUCAUCAACCCAGGAAAUCCCACAGGACAGGUACAAAGCAGGAAGUGCAUUGAAGAUGUGAUACACUUUGCUUGGGAAGAGAAACUUUUUCUUCUGGCUGAUGAGGUUUACCAGGACAAUGUGUACUCUGAAGGAUGCCAGUUUCAUUCAUUCAAAAAGGUUCUGUAUGAGAUGGGACCCGAGUACUCUAACAACGUUGAGCUGGCCUCUUUUCAUUCCACCUCUAAGGGAUAUAUGGGCGAAUGUGGCUACAGAGGAGGUUAUAUGGAGGUCCUUAACUUGCACCCAGACAUUAAAGGACAGCUUGUUAAGCUGCUUUCUGUUCGCCUUUGUCCUCCAGUCUCAGGACAAGCAGCAAUGGAUAUUGUAGUGAAUCCCCCAGUACCUGGAGAAGAAUCUUAUUCCCAGUUCAUAAAGGAAAAGGAGUCUGUCUUGAACAAUCUUGCCAAAAAAGCCAAACUGGCAGAAGACAUGUUCAACAAGGUUCCAGGAGUUCACUGCAAUCCACUUCAGGGUGCUUUGUAUGCUUUCCCACGGAUCUUUAUACCUUCCAAAGCCAUUGAGGAAGCAAAGGCUCAUAAAAUGGCACCUGACAUGUUCUAUUGCAUGAAACUUUUGGAAGAGACUGGAAUCUGUGUUGUACCUGGAAGCGGAUUUGGCCAAAGAGAAGGAACCUAUCAUUUCAGAAUGACCAUUCUUCCUCAAAUAGACAAGCUGAAGAUCCUAAUGGAGAAAAUGAAAGACUUCCACAUAAAGUUUCUUGAAAAAUAUGCAUGAAACUGCUGUGGCUUUUUCCUCCAUCUCCUCCCGUCGAGGUGAAUGCCGAAAGCGAACAAAGAUGUGCUAAGAAUGUGCUGUUCAUCUAAUUAACCCAAAUUCAUAAUAGAUAGAAUCUAUCUCAGACACAGCUACAACUUGGUUGAAUUUAACAUCUGGUAAUAUGCGACAUCGUUACACCAACUUCUGUUUUUUCACGGGCAAGGGGAAAAUGUGAAGAAAGCAGUGGAAGGAAAGAGUCAGUGAAUGAUUUUGUGCCUUGGUUGGAAGUGAUGUUCUGCAACUUUUGACUCACCAGGUUGGGGAAGGGAGUUGGUCGUGAAAUUUACUACUGUUAUUUGUUCUUUGUUGGUUUGUUUCAAGACAGAGAUACUCAGAACAAUCGGUCAGAUGGGAACUAGGAACGUGAUUUCCAUUUUAAAACUCAGCAAAAAUUCAGAAAGCUGCUACAAGGGACCAGUGUGUUUGGCUGUGGUUUUCUGAAGUAUGAAGUGUUCUCUGAAUCUGACUAAACACAUAAGUACAACAUGCUUAUUAAAAGAAAAUCACUGGCAGAUGUGCGUAGAUACCUUUGAACUUCUGUUAAAAAGAAAUUCUGCCAUCACAGCAUAAUCUGAGCUGAAUACACAGUUUUGAUCAAAGGGAUGAAGAAGGUGUCUAUUCAAUCCUAUUUUUGUGAAACUGAAACAUAAUAAGGAAUAUUACCUUCUUGUUCAUAUGCUGUUGGACACAUUAACCCAGCAUAAGAUGAGAGCAUUUGAAUGCUUAUUCUUACAACAACUCCAUGAGUCUCCUUAAUUCACUUCUUUUAUAUACAUGCAACAUAAUAAGCUACUGUCUCAAAGCAUAUAUGAGUACUGUGAAUGCUUUCAAAGAGGGUAAAAUAAAAUGCUAUUUCAGAUUGCUUUAUCUAUAGAGAACAUUUGUUUGAAACCACAUUGUUGGAAGACCCAUUAGCUGGCUAAAACACAGCUUGAAUUGUCAAGGACUAACAAAUGUCGUGCUCAGAAGAAAUGUUUGGGGGUGGUUUCUAAUGAAAGAGAAGGUAUUUACAGGGAAAUGUCUUGCGCCUAGCAAGAAGAUAACUGUAGUUAAAUCCUCCACAGUCAUGCUGUAGGCUGAAUGAGCCUGUGUUCUUACUAAAACCCAGCUAAAGCAGGUCACUAUCCAGGAGAAAAGCGGUAUUAUUGCACUAAUCUAUGCUAGUUCCACUGAACAGAGAAAGAAGGCUUCAGUUUGUCCAGAGCUGGAAGCUGGACACCUUCGGCCAGCACUGAUAUGGUACUGAAGAAACGUAGCUUCCAGUAUUCAGCCAGGAAAGCAUUACAGUUUGUCAGGCUUAAGCUCAGCAUUUUACAAAGUUAAUUCAUCAGUAUCUCAUUUCAUCUGGUCAUUAUUUUUUAUUAUUGUUUAGAGUAAGUUCAUUUUAAUGUCUAACAGCACUUUGUUAGGCUGCCUUUAGAGCUGCUUCAGCAUCCUGUGCUGAUCCAGGACAUAAAGCCAAGGGCUAAAAAGCACCGUGUGGAUAAAGGAGGUGCCAAUCUUUUAUGUGUGGAAGGUGUUGCCAAUACCUGUCCUUCCAACAGCAGCUACCAGGCUGUAACGUGCGUUGGCAGCAGCUGUCCUUCUCACUGCUUCUCACAAAAGCCUGCAAGGAAGAACUUGGCACUUCUCAAUCAUUUGCCAGUGAAUACAGGUUCAUAAAGGAGACCUGCAUGCUGCUACACAGAGGUACUAUGGAGGCUGGAGAAAAAAAAACAAACGCUUCAUGAAAAUAAUUUUUUUUUUAUCUAUGGAGAAAUGGAUUUCUGGAAGGAAAGCAGACUGGAAACGGAUAUGUGGCUACUAUCCAUUGAUAAAUGCAUUAACCCACUAGCACUCUCCAUUUGGCAUCCUUAAUAUGCAGUACUAAGACAAAUUUAGAAGGCAAAACUGUAGUAAGUGGAUGGAAUGUUGAUUUAAAAAUAAGACGAGCAGCGCUUUCCUAUUCUAUAAAUGUGUCAAAUCAGAUCUGGCUUCGAACUUGCAGUGCGGUGUAGAUUGAAGCUCAGAUCUAACAGCUGAAGUUAGGAGAUCUUUUAUAUUUUUGUAACUCUAGAUUUUUUCAUAGGGUAGCAUUUGUAAUCUAAGAAGUCAAUAGAUUUUAUAUUUGCCUUUGCACCCGAUGCUUCUGGAAGGUUUACAAGUUUCAAAUGAUACUUUACAGGUGUCAAAGGCUUUUUGUUUUAUGCCAGGACAGCAAUUCUUACACUUUUAAAUCAAAACAGAACGGCAUAAACAGGUUUUUCUAAGCAUUCUCUUAUGGUGCCUUUUAUGUUUCCGACACGAGAAGGGAUAACACUUUGUUUGCAUCUCAUACAGGAGGGCGCUGAUCUCUGCUGCCCAUCCGCAGUGUCUGUGUGUACCGUGCUGAGGUGAAUGUGCAUUUCCGUGGAUUAAUCCUGUAAAGCUGAAAAAGGAGGUUUAUUUUCAAUGUCUUUUAAACGUUUGAUUAAUAACAGACAAUCCUUACUUUGGAAUGCAUGCUUCUAGGUUUGAUUUUCUUACAGGUGCUCCUUAUAAUGGUACUUAAAUGUAUGAGACUUCCAAAUAAUAAAGCACAUAUCAAACUAAA